AUAAGCAUUUUUCCAUAUCUUUUGCUCUUUAUUAUCACUCUUUUUCUUUAAUUUUAUUCCUUUCAAUAACUCUAAAAUGGUGGCCGACCUCGUUUUUCUCAGAGAUGAGAAGCUUGGCAUACUUGCCGAGCUUAUUUACAAACAAGAAGUGCUCAACAUACAGAGCAUUCAAUUCUCUUCAGAAAACGAACGCGUUUUAUAUCUCAGAGAUUGCCGUUUAAAUUACGAGACCAUAACCAGUCUUCUAAAUGAAGGUGGUGAAUUGAAGACUAAGUUCCAGAACGACACCGUUCGUUCUCCUAUAGCUCUCAACUUGUUUUCUUAUAUAGAAAACUGCAUCAACAAUUCACUUCAGUUGGUCCAGAACUACACCGUUCGAAAGGACUAUCUGGAAAAGAUUAACGAGCAUGUCCAAUAUUUCUUCACUUCUCUCAAAGAGUUGGACACUCAGAGUGCAGACGAUGUUGAAAAUCUGGUCAAGGAAGUUGAUGAAUACAACAAAGCUAUAUUGGCUUACACCCUCAAGUAUAGAAGUCCAGCCUCUCGAGAAUUCUCAAGAAUGCUCAAGGCCCAGAAUAUUACCUUUGAGAACCUAGUGGCAACCUAUCAGGCCAAGCUUAGUUAUCCAGGGCCAUUCAAUGACCUGAAGGACGCUCAAAAGUUGCGAGUUUAUGAUGAAAUAAUGGAGGCAUCUGGUCUGGGAAAAGUGAUGGUUGAUGAAUUCAUAGACGAGGUUAAGAAUGUGGCAGGAAAAGCCGUACUGCUGUUCAACGCGGGUUCCAUCGCGUGGGACUUAUUUACGGCAGAUCAUGUGAUUUUAGAGGCAACAAAGAUUGCCAUUGUUGAAAUUGCGAAAGUAGGUGGAGCACAGCUCGGAGCCAUUGUUGGAGCUGCUUUGACAACUCAGUUAACGGGGGUCGAAGCGUCUGCUAUAUUCGUAACCAUGGUUGGAGCUCUGAGUAGCUUUGUUGGAGCUUUCAUACUUGGUGCUGCUGCUGGUUGGUUGGUUAGUUUGAUCAUUGGCUCUGCUGAACCACCUCCUAAGAGUACCGAAGGGCUUGUUUUCCAUGUAGCAGAAAUGCCUGACGGCGCAGCUCUGGCUCGUCAAAUUGCUCAUCAGUAAUUAAGAAGAUGAAGAAGAGUGAAAGAAAGAAAUAUAAUAAAAAUAAUAAAUUAAAAGAAAAAAGUAAGAAUCAGCCUCACUCUGCCGUAGCAGCAUGAAUAAGGAACCACUUUGUCCUGUGCACCACU